CCGGGCUGCCGCCGCCGCCUCGCAAUCCAUUGCAUCGGCCGCCCCCGACGCCUCCAUCCCCCCUCGGGGCCCGAUAUCCGUGCGGCCGGGACCCUCCUCUCUCCAGGGCCCCGAUUAUUUUUGGCCCCCGGGGCCCGCGCGGUGCGGAAAAAUAAAAAAAGAGAGAAGGGGCUCGGAAGCGCCGGGCGGGGAGGAGAGAAGGAGGAGGAGAGACUUGGAAACUCCGACUGCAAAUAAUAAAGAAAUUGAAAACCAUACGUUAAUAUACCAUAGCAAUAAAAAGAGCAGGAGCGAGAGAUGAGAAAGGGGAUCCAGCCCGCCCUGGAGCCGUACCUGGUGACCGCCGGGGGUGGGGAGGGGGCGGCUGUCGUCGCCGCCGCCGCCGCUGCAGCCUCCAUGGACAAAAGGGCACUGCUAGCCAGCCCCGGCUUCCCCGCCGCCGCCGCCGCCGCCCCGAGCGCGUACAUCCAGAUCCUCACCACGAACACUUCCACCACCUCCUGUUCCUCCUCCCUCCAGAGCGGCGCCGUCGCCGCCGGCCCCCUCCUCCCCAGUGCCCCCGGCGUGGAGCAGACCGCCGGCAGCCUCCUCUACACCACGCCGCACGGACCCUCCAGCAGAGCCGGGCUGCUGCAGCAGCCACCAGCGCUGGGACGCGGCAGCGGCGGCGGCGGCAGCGGCGGCCCUCCGGCAAAGCGCAGGCUGGAGCUAGGAGAAAGCGGUCAGCAGUACCUCUCAGAUGGUUUAAAAACCCCCAAGGGCAAAGGAAGAGCUGCACUCCGAAGUCCAGAUAGUCCAAAAACUCCAAAAUCUCCCUCAGAAAAAACACGGUAUGAUACAUCACUUGGUCUGCUCACCAAGAAGUUCAUUCAGCUACUGAGCCAAUCACCUGAUGGGGUCUUGGAUUUGAACAAGGCAGCCGAGGUGCUGAAGGUGCAAAAGAGAAGGAUUUAUGACAUCACCAAUGUACUGGAAGGCAUCCACCUCAUUAAGAAGAAGUCUAAAAACAACGUGCAGUGGAUGGGCUGCAGUCUGUCUGAGGACGGGGGCAUGCUGGCCCAGUGUCAAGGCCUGUCAAAGGAAGUGACCGAGCUCAGUCAGGAAGAGAAGAAAUUAGAUGAACUGAUCCAAAGCUGCACCCUGGACCUCAAACUGUUAACCGAGGAUUCAGAGAAUCAAAGGUUAGCUUAUGUUACAUAUCAAGAUAUUCGAAAAAUCAGUGGCCUUAAAGACCAAACUGUUAUAGUUGUGAAAGCCCCUCCAGAAACAAGACUUGAAGUGCCUGACCCAAUAGAGAGCCUACAAAUACAUUUGGCAAGUACCCAAGGACCCAUUGAGGUUUAUUUGUGUCCAGAAGAGACUGAAACACACAGUCCAAUGAAAACAAACAACCAAGACCACAAUGGGAAUAUCCCUAAACCCACUUCCAAAGACUUGGCUUCAACCAACUCAGGACAUAGUGAUUGCUCAAUUUCUAUGGCAAACCUUUCUCCUUUGGCCUCCCCAACCAACCUUUUACAGCAGACUGAGGACCAAAUUCCUUCCAACCUAGAAGGACCAUUUGUGAACUUACUGCCUCCCCUGCUCCAAGAAGACUAUCUCCUAAGCCUUGGGGAGGAAGAAGGCAUCAGCGAUCUCUUUGAUGCUUACGAUUUGGAAAAGCUCCCGCUGGUGGAAGACUUUAUGUGUAGUUGAUCAUGCUUUGUGUGGACUCCCCUUAUAAACCAAUAUUUUUUUAUUACGGAACCAGAACAUCUGUCAUGCAGUGUUGUCCCUUCCUACCUUCUUCCUCCAAGAUAGUAUCAUGAAGUAAACUACAAACUUCAGAACAAAGCUGACAUUUUAAUGAAUUAAAACAAAAAAUUGUCUAAACGCACAGUUGCAGGCUCCCUUGGAAAAGUCCUGCCUUGCCCCAGGCUCCAAAAUCUCCUGGAUGAGUCAGCAAGUGAGAAAAUGUGCAAUCAGGUGUCUCUCACCCGUCCUUUUCCUCCUUCCCUCCCGGAUUGGCUUGCUGUGCCUGAUGGAUGGGCUGUAGAAUGGGGUCUGGCCACCUGGCCCACUCGAAAACAGCAAUCUUCCUUAAUAGCAUUUCAAGCCGUGCCUUCUCCGCAGAAUGCAUGUCUUUGGGGUCUGCUAAUUUGGAAUGGAACUGCAGGAACUGUAAACUUGAAGUCAUGCAAAAGUAUGAAAUGGAUUUCUUCAGCUCUUCUUAGGAAUAUUUAAAUUACUGUCAUAAUUCAAUUUAAGCUAUGGACUGCGUGUCCCACUAGGAGGUCAAGAGAUCCUCCACAGCCUUUCGGAUGAAGAAACUGUUUUCAAAUAUUUGUCGAAGAUACAGAAGACUAGUCGAGUUCUGCCCCUCUAAGCUGUUGUGGAUUUUUCCUGUCUCCAUAAACCACUCCCACUUCCCUGCCCCCAAUGUACUUGUCAGUUUGAAGUUGAUUUGUAGCAAAUGCCUACUUAGGAGUUCUUUGUGGAUUUAGAUUUCUUUUUUUUAAUUUUUUAAGCUGCCAUUUAAGCAUUCCUGUGGCACCCAUCACCAUUUCAAUUUAAUUGUUUACUUUGAAGCGGUUUUUGCUAAUUCAAAUUAUUUAAGCAGAGGUGGAGAACCUCUACUGAUCAGAGCAUCUAAACGUGUGUGAUCUAAGGUUUAACAGCCUCUGCAAGAAGCUUUGCCCCAUCGUCCUUCCUUCCUCAGGAGGGGGUGCUUGGAGCAACUGGAGCUCGCUGACAGGGGUGGCCCAUUUGGAAGGAGAACCAGGUCAGCUGACAUAGCAGCCCCAAGGAGCAGCAGGUGUGGGUCCCUCCGUCCUUGGGCUUCCUGGGCUCCCGUGACUGGGGAAAGGGCUCUCUUAUACUGCACUCAGGGAGACCACUUCUCAGGAUGGGGUCAGAUGGAGAGGCCUCUGGGGAGAAAGACAUCCCCCCGUUGUGAGUAGCGUUCUAUCAGUGGCAUUUACUUUAGCUGGUGAGAACAGGGAGCUCCCACUGUGUUGGGGGCUGCAAGAGUCCUGGCCAGAACCGAUUCCCCUUCUGUGAAAGAGUGAGUUGGACCAAGGGAAGUCGGGGAUGUAGCAAAAGCAGGACAGGAUGCCAGGGCAUCUCUCGCUUAACUCUUCAGGCAUGGUGUCCCAAGUUGGAGGCUUCAUGACAGCUGCAAAUCCUACCAGUUAUGUACAAGAAUGGCUUUCCCAUUGGCCGGGGGGAGACGGCCAUCUCCCGCUGGCAAUGUGGCAGAGUGUCUCAAAUCCAUUCCUUGGAUGCUAAAGACCGUGGGAAUGAGGGAGUCAUCUAAAAAACAAACCUCAACACAAAGAACAGUUAAAUUGAAAUGCUAUGUGCCCGACACAGUGGUAGGCACAUGGUAGGCACUCGAUUCACACGUUCAAUUGAAUGGAAAAUACAUCCCUUAGGAAAAA